AUGGAUAGAUUUCAAGUCGACGAUGAAGAAUUGCUUCAAUUUUAUCAGUUGAAGACCGUCAAUCCAACUCAUUCAUGGGCACAUGAUUCCUCAAAACUAAAUAAUGAAGAGGCUACAACUAAUGAAAUUGGGAUGGAAUCAUCAUUUGACAUAUUAAAAGACUUUAAAUAUGGAAAUCAGAUUAGUAUUGACAAAGAAUCGAAGGCCUACUUGAAUGAUGAGUCCUUAAGUUAUAUCAAAGAUCCCCUGAAUGGGCAGGAGAUGUCCAAAGAACUGCAACAUUUGCCAAAUAAUCCAACAAGGUUGAAGUAUCUUGUCAACAGUAAGCAGUUUAAUGUCAAAGCCUUUUUGAGAGAUAUGCACAAACAGGACUCCUUUAACGAUUUGAAUAACUCAUUGGAUAAGUUGGACAGUGAUAUACAGGAUCAAUCAGUAAAUUUGAAACAAUUGGUUGGUAAUAAUUUCACGAAAUAUGUUAAAAUUAAGAAUAAACUGGACCAAAUUUACAAGGAAUUUGACGAGAAGACGAAUGAAAAGAUCCAAGUUGAUUCGCCGAAGGAAAAUCAGAUCAAUGUGGAGAGUUUGAAUAAAAAGGUCGACGAAGUUAUUAGAACAACAACCUUCAAGCUAAAACCGCUAAUGGAUAACUAUCAGAAGAUUUUAAAUUAUCAGGCCACCAAAAAAUUUAUUGAACGGUAUAAAUUUUACUUUAAUUUACCCAAAUGUUUGAAGAAAUGUUUAAAUAAUAACAAUUUCAAUGAGUUCAUGAUUCAGUAUUCAAAAGGCCUCACGAUCUGCCGUGAUUUCAACCAAAAUUCGGAUACUUCACAAUCACUUAUCAUCAAGAGAAUCUGGUCGCAAGUAGAAAAUUUAUUGAUUAUUUAUAAAGAUCUGAUUUGGAACAGUUUGAUGAACUCAGAUUUUAACGUGGAUCAACCUCAAGAAACAAUUUUGUCUCUUUUUUCAAAACUACUGAACUUAGAGAACUUUAUCAAUAACAAUCAAAAUGAAAAUCCAAACGGUGAUAAAAACGCUGCCUUGUCGUCAAGUGAAAACCCAAUUUUAAGGUGGAUGUCAAUCAAAUUAAAUGGUUUUAAAAAUGAUCUAAACGAGUUAUCAAGUCACAUGGUAAACAAAAUUAUUCACUCUCAAAGGCUUAUAUCACAGAAUAAUACUAGUCAAAAUGAUAUUCAAGGAUGUGUCGAGCUGUCGUAUUAUUUAAAAAUCAACCAAUUAUUUCAAAAUAUAAGUGAUGCCAGUAAAGAUAAUGAAAGUUUGAGAAGCACCGCUGACCCAAAUAAAAUAAAUACUGUCUCUGGAACUAACUAUUUAAGUUUGAACUCCCAAUUAAGUUCUCAAGGCUUAACUGAUUCUCCAAUUAUUAUCGAAAUGUGGCUAUUAAUUUUGAAAUAUAUCAACGACCUGUGGAAAAUUUGCAAUCAAUUCAUAGAAUUCUGGGAACAUAUUGAAAAGUUUUUGGAUGGGACCUAUCAAAACUCUAUUAUAAAUGAAAAAAGGAAAGAAAACAUUUUGAUAGGCGAUUCAAAUAUCAUUGAAUCUUAUCAAAAGAGUUUAAUUUUAAGGGAAGAACAGAUUAACGAUAUUAGAUUAAAGGGUGAGGGAUUCAUUAGCUUGAUUUCACAAAAUUUACUAUCUUUUUUCACGUCUUCUCGAGCUUCUUUACCUCUAUCAUUGAAGGAAGAUCAUGCUAAAGGAAUUGCUCACAGCAAUAAAGAUACCGGUUCGCCCUUGGAUUAUGGAUUUAUACCACCAAAUUGCAAUGGGCUAAGUUGCUUAAGAUAUCUACCCAAAAUUGUGGAGCCCAUUUUGAAGUUUUCCACCGAGUUAGCACAAUUGAGUAUCACAUCUAACGGUAUUACUAUAUGCAGAAAUACUCUAGCAACCAUAAUUGACCGUUGCGUAGGUGCCAUAUCCUCUACAAAAUUGAGAGAUAUUUCUAACUUUUAUCAACUAGAAAAUUGGCAGGUUUAUGAAACAGUUACGUUCUCAAGUAAAUCACAGGACAAUAGUAAAAGUUUAACUUUUGAAUAUGGUGUGACACAAUUCCCAGAGAUUGUUACUUGGUUUCAAGAAGUCAGUAUCAAGGCCACCAGAGACUUGUUAUUCGCAUUUGAAAAAUUGCCAAUUAUUAACGGAAUUUCAGUUGUCAGCUACCCAUCAAAGCAAUUACUUACAGGCAUUGAAAUUCAACAAAUUAUCUCAAUGGAGGCUGUUUUGGAAGCAAUUUUGAAAAAUGCUGCAAAGGAUAAAGACAAUCCAAGAAACUCUCAUACGAUUUUAACAUUAACAAAUUUACAAUAUAUCAGGGAAUGCGCAUUUCCGAAUAUUUUACAAUAUUUUGAUGAUGCGUUCGAAUGGAAUCUGACUUCCAAAAACUUGGAACUAUUUAGCUUGUUAUCUAAGAUGGAGUCUUCAAUCUUCGGUAAUUAUCUUUCUGAUCUGAAGAUUAAUUUGAGAGACACGCUUGAAGAAAAAUUCCAUGAAAUAAAUUGGCCGAUGUAUACAUCAAAUUCAUUCAGGGUAGGCGAUUAUAUCAUAGAAGCAUUGAUGAUUUUGAUUGUUGUUCACAGUGAGUGCUUUAGAAUUGGUCCCCAGAUGAUUCAUAAAAUUUUGAUCGAAACUCAAAUUUUCAUAGCCAGAUACCUCUUCGAAGCAUUUAAACCCUAUGUGGGUAAUCUCUCCAAUGAUGGAUCAUUACAAAUUAUAGUGGAUCUAGAAUUUUUUCAAAGAGUUAUGGGUCCUUUAUUGGAAAAGGAUACCGAGGCUACAUUGAGGGCAUGUUUACAAAACUGUUUCCAAAACGACACUAGUAGACUAAAGAAAUGCAUUGAUGAAAUCGAACCUAUUGUAUCUGCAAAUUUGAAAAGGACUGCCGUCCAAUUUGCUGCAUUUAAUUAA